UCACGGGGCUUCUCUGCCGUCUCUCCAAUAUUUACACCUUCUCUCUGUAAGUCUUUUGGACCAUGGCUGGCUCGGACUCGAACGAUCUCAGCGGGAGCAGCAGCAUAUGCUGCGUCACCAACACCGAAUCGCAUACUCCCCCGCUCCCGCCGCCUGAAAUCGCCCCUCUCGUACGCCUAUCCGACAACCUCGAAUCGGCUUUCGACUCCUCGCCGGAUUUUGACUACUUCGCCGACGCCAAAAUCGCCGUUGCCGACGGCCGAGAAGUCGCCGUCCACCGCUGCAUCCUGUCCGCCAGAAGCCCGUUCUUUAGGACCGUCUUUGGCGCGAACAGAGAUAAAGCUGUGAGGUUGGAGUUGAAGGAGUUGGCCAAGGAUUUGGAGGUCGGUUUCGAAGCUUUGGUCGCUGUUUUGGUGUAUUUGUAUAGCGGAAAGGUGCGAUCGCUGCCGGAAGGCGUUUGUGUUUGCGUCGACGACGAGUGUUCGCACGUCGCUUGUCGGCCUGUGGUGGACUUUAUGGUCCAGGUCCUAUAUACUUCUUCCACUUUUCAGAUUUCUGAACUGGUUGCGCUUUAUCAGAGGCACCUGCUAGAUAUUCUUGACAAGGUUACAGCAGAUGAUAUUUUGGUGGUUUUAUCUGUUGCACACAUUUGUGGUAAAGCAUGUGAGAUACUGCUAACAAGGUGCAUUCACAAUAUUGUCAGGUCUGAUGUUGAUAUCAUAACUCUUGAUAAAACCUUGUCCCCACAUAUUGUCAAACAAAUUGUUGAUUCACGCAUAGAAAUUGGUUUACAUGUGCCUGAAAACUGUGGCUUCCCUGAUAAACAUGUGAAAAGAAUACAUAGGGCUCUGGAUUCAGAUGAUGUUGAGUUAGUCAGGAUGCUUCUGAAAGAAGGGCAUACUACUCUAGAUGAUGCGUGUGCGCUUCACUAUGCUGUUGCAUAUUGUGAUGUGAAGACGACGACGGAACUUCUUGAUCUUGGAAUUGCUGAUGUUAACCACAAGAAUGCAAGGGGCUACACUGUGCUGCAUGUUGCUGCAAUGAGGAGAGAACCAAAAAUUAUAGUGUUUCUUCUAACUAAAGGAGCCCGACCAGCCGAUCGGACACCUGAUGGUAGAAAAGCAAUUCAGAUCUCAAAGAGGCUCACCAGGGCUGUGAAUUACCAUAAGUCUACUGAGGAAGGAAAAGCAUCUCCCAGGGAUCUAUUGUGCAUAGAGAUAUUGGAGCAAGCAGAAAGAAGAAAUCCAUUACCAAGUGAAGCUUCACUUUCUCUUGCAAUGGCUGGUGAUGAUCUGCGAAUGAAACUGUUAUAUCUUGAAAAUAGAGUUGGAUUAGCAAAGCUUCUCUUCCCCAUGGAAGCCAAAGUAGCAAUGGAUAUUGCUCAAGUGGAUGGUACUUCAGAAUUUACAUUGGCUGGCAUCAACUCUACGAGUCUGGCUGGUGGCCAGAGGACAACUGUGGACUUGAAUGAUGCACCUUUCAUCAUCAAAGAGGAGCAUUUGGAUAGGCUAAAAGCACUCUCCAAAACAGUGGAACUGGGGAAGCGUUUCUUCCCUCGGUGUUCAGAAGUACUCAACAAAAUCAUGGAUGCCGACGACUUAUCACAGCUAGCUUAUAUGGAGAACGAGUCUGCCCAGGAGAGGCAACUGAAGAAGGAGCGGUAUCUGGAACUCCAAGAAAUUCUGUGCAAGGCAUUUGAUGAGGAUAAAGAGGAUUUUGGUUGGUCUACCUUAUCUUCUUCAUCAUCAUCAACUUCCAUAGACUUGACCAAACCUAAUGGUACGCUUAUCUUCAAGAAAUAGGCGACUGCAAUUGCAACCCAGAAAAAGCAUCCCGCUCUUGUACCAUAUUGUCCUCUAUUACCUCAGUUAUAGGUGAGAAUGAGCCAAAUCGUAUAGUUUCCAAUAUGAUUAUCAGGAUUUUUUUUUUUUUUUUUGGUCUGGUUAAUUUUUGAGAAAUUAUAGGUCACUUGCUAUAUUUAUGUAUCCUAAGUACCAGGUUCAAAUUUUUGGAUGCAAUGUGCAUCUUUGUGCAAAAAUCUAUUCACACUAAUCUGUAUUAUCUCAGAA